ACAGCAACACAGAACAAAUCGACCUUCUUCUCAUCAGUAAGCGACAGAGAUGGCCGUCUGUGUGCUGCUCCGUUCUUUCUCUUCCAACUUUUCCACAGUUUUGCCUUUACUCACUCGCUCGGCAUCGCGUUGUCCGUUACAGCUGGCCCCUAAGCCUUAUUUUGGAAGAACGCUAGCCUCUUCUAGCCGAAUAUCAGCAGCACUUAAAUUCACAGACAAGCAUGAAUGGAUUCGAGUAGAAGAUGACGGAGUAGGUACAGUCGGUAUCAGCAACUUUGCACAAGAGGCUCUGGGAGAUGUAGUUUACUGUGGACUACCAGAGGUGGGAACACAGCUGGCACAGCAAGAUGAGUUUGGAGCCCUGGAAAGUGUGAAAGCAGCCAGUGAGCUUUAUUCACCUUUGACUGGAGAAGUUGUAGAGGUCAACACGUUGCUGGCGGACAACCCUGGUCUGGUCAACAAGUCUUGCUACAAAGAUGGCUGGCUGAUGAAGAUGACAAUUGCUAAUCCUGCUGAGCUUGACAGUCUGAUGGAUGAACCAGCAUAUGAAAGAUACAUCCGCUCCAUUGAGGAGUAGCCCUUCAUCUCUUAAUAUGUGCAAUGCUUCUUCUCCAUUUCCAGCACCGUUGUGAGGGAGCUGCACUAGAUGUGCCUCGGUUACAUCACAUUGCAGCAGUUGAUCUUUACAUCCUCUGGCUGCUGAUCUGCUUUUGUUUUAGAGUCGUGAACUUUAGAAAACAAUGUAUUUACCCACUGUUAAAAGGCUGAUGUAAAGGGAUCCAUCAGUCUGCACUGAUUAAACAAAAUCAAGACUUCUUUCAGCUUCCAAUCCACAAACAGAUGAGAAGGAAACUCAGUAGAAUUUGCUCUGAAGCAUUUUAAAGGUUGGAAAACACAAAAUUCUGUUCUAGUACACUGUUAGACCUAAACAAGCACUUUGAUCCUUAUGGUAUGAUUAAUUAUGGCAUUCAAAACUAUGGAUAUGGGACCUGUAUAAUAGAAAAUAAACAUUUCCUUACACUUUCA